AUGGAUGUACUGCUGAUUGCUCUUGGCCAGAUUUCCAGUGAGAGUGAGCAGGAAAAGAGACUGGGAGAGUUGGAGCAGGAGCUGAAGGACUGUUGUGAAUUCUGGGUGCCCUCUGAGGAGAAAAGGGAGGAUGUCACUGCUACAUCAGUGCCACUCUGCUUCCCUUCUGUGUUAUCUUCAGUGCCUGAUGACAUUGCCAGCUCUUCCCGUCCUCCAACGUCUUACAUCACUUCCCAGGAGAUGAAGUGUAUUCUUCACUGGCUUGCCAGUUGGUCAGGUCCCCAGUGGGAACAUUUUCUACAAGACCUGGUAGCUAAGGCAGUGUUGGGAAUGCUACAACCACUGCUGGAUGGUCUGGAACAGCUCAGUGUAUCUGCGGCAAAUCGACCACCUUGUAUCUUUGAGUAUCUUUGGGAUCAGUGGUUUCGAGGUUGGGCUGAGCAGGAGUGCAAUGAAUUUGUCAGGCAGAUGGAGGUUAGUGAGCCAGAUUUCGUGUUGAAGUUUUACCAAGCUGUGGCUGCUACUGCUGGUAACGACUGA